AUGGCACAGUCUGCAGGUCUUCUGGAUCAAUGUUACACUGGACCUGGUGAUGUGGUGUGUGAUGUCUGCAUUGACAGAAAGGGCAAAUCUGUCAAGUCCUGUCUGGUGUGUCUGGCCUCUUACUGUGAAACUCACCUCAAGCUUCAUGAAGAACUCAACCCAGGAAAGAGACACAAACUGGUCAAAGCCACUGGAAACCUACAGGAGAAGAUCUGCUCUCAUCAUGACAAACUGCUGGAGAUGUACUGUCAUACCGAUCAGCAGUGUAUCUGUUAUCUGUGUGUGAUGGAUGAACACAGAGGCCAUGAUACUGUCUCAGCUGCAGCAGAAAGGACUGAGAAACAGAAGCAGCUGGGGGCGACGCAGAGUAAGUUCCAGCAGAGAAUCCAGGAGAGAGAGAAGGAGCUGCAGGAUCUGAGACAAGCUGUGCAGUCACUCAAGUGCUCUGCACAGGCAGCAGUAGAGGACAAUGAGAGGAUCUUUACUGAGCUGAUCCGCUCCAUUGAGAGAAGGCGCUCUGAGGUGAAAGAGCUGAUCAGAGAUCAGGAGAAGGCUGAAGUGAGUCGGGCUGAAGGACUCCUGGAGCGACUGGAGCAGGAGAUUGCUGAGCUGAGGAGAAGAGAUGCUGAGCUGGAGCAGAUUUCACGCACAGAGGACCACAUCCAUUUCCUCCAGAGCUGUCAGUCUCUCUGUGCCCCUCCUGGAGACUUACCCCGCAUCACUGUCAGUCCACAUGUCUCUUUUGAGGCUGUGAGGAAAUUUGUCUCCGAACUGAAAGAGGGACUGGAGGACUUCUGCAAGGUUGAAAUGGUCAAAAUUUCUGAAUCAGUGAAAGAUGUCCAUACUGUACAGCCCAUAUCCAGAGAGGAUUUCUUACAGUAUUCCUGUCAGCUCACACUGGACCCCAACACAGUGAAUCAAUACCUCCGUAUGUCUGAAGGGAACAGAGAGGUGACCUGUGUGGAAGAUAUCCAGUCAUAUCCUCACCAUUCAGAGAGAUUUGAUUACUGGGAGCAAGUGCUGUGCACAGAUGGUCUAUCUGGACGCUGUUACUGGGAAGCAGACUGGAGUGGGACUAGGAAAGGGGUUUGCAUAGCGGUCUCAUACAAAGAGAUCAGCAGGAAAGGGAUGGAUUAUGACUGUGCUCUGGGAUAUAAUAACAAGUCCUGGAGUUUGUACUGCUCUCCCUCUGGUUACUCUUUCAGGCAUAAUAAAGAGAGCACUACUAUCCCUGUCCCUGCCUCCUUCAGAAUAGGAGUGUACCUGGAUCACAGGGCAGGGACUCUGUCCUUCUACAGCGUGUCUGACACAAUGACCCUCCUGCACAGAGUCCAGACCACAUUCACUCAGCCCCUCUAUCCUGGGUUAAGGGUCCGUACUGUUGGAUCUUCUGUAAAACUGUGGUGA